UCGAUCGUUCUCAUUGGCUGUUAUUCAGAGCUUGCUGGGGCAUACCGCUCUCCAUUUAUCGGAGAUGCUCAUAGUACCUUUAUCCAGUACCUCCAAGAGAUUGAUAAAAGAGCGAGGAUGGGGGGUGGACAGCCCACUUAUGGGAAAUCCAUCUCGGUGAUCCAAAGCUCUGGGACCGGUAAAUCACGAAUGCUAACGGAGGUUGGCACACAUAUCUUCACUCUCCCCAUCUGUCUUCGUAACCCACGUGAUGAGGGUUAUCCGCUGUCGGACGAGCCUGCAUUUGAGUACUUCAGGAGUUUCCGGCACUUUGAGCAUUUCAACCAUUGGUGUGACGACAAUUAUCUGUGCAUCAACACGCUUUCAGGCAUUGCCUGUUUCCUUGCUGCUGCUUACGAGAUGAUGCUAUCCGCACUGAAAGAAAUACAAGAGGAGGUGGGUCACGAUGCAAAAAAGAUUCUCGGAAAUUGGCAUCAGAAGAUGGAGAAGAGCCGCUCAAGAAAUUAUCGUGACAAGUUUUUCAGUGCCGUGGCUGAACGGGGUAAGGAGGUAAAGAUUUCUGUCCUUGUCCUUUCUGGCUCAACUGACGAGUGGCUCAGCUACAAAGAUCGCUCGGUGGAUCCGAAAAAUGCGAUGGUCCUGGGAGACAUCACCAAGGUAAUCCAGGUCCAUUAUGAAAACCACAUGAAAAAGGCAUUAGAGGCUCUCAUGGUGUUUAUCGCGACCCUUACCUCUGAUAUAUGUGUGAUAUACUUCGACGAGGCCCACGAGCUGCAAUCAGCUUUUAGGAUCAUGUUACGUUUACUGAACGUUCAAGAGAUUUCUUUAAAAAUGUGGUAUGUAUUCAUGGGGACAGAAUCACCAAUGUUGUUUUUCGCUCCCCAUCAACAUGCGAGUCUCGAAGAACUCAGGGAAUCAUAUCUUAAACUUCCCUCCAUGUACUUUUCCCUUGGGUUUGAUCACCUGGCCAUCAUGAAUGCUCAUACCCCGAAAAUCGUCAAAAUGGGCGAUUUUGAAACCAUUCAGCAUCUUGCCCAGUAUGGGCGCCCUUUGUGGCAUGUGCAGGUACAUGAAGGAAUUUCCGAUAACAUGACAUUUGCAGCCUCAAAGCUUACUGGUGGCAGAGCCUUUGAUGUUGAGGAUGUUAACCACGUAUUUGCUGUUCUUUCCCAGCGGCUUUGUCUUGAACCUGUCAUGUCAAGCAUGAUGGCAGUCAAACUAGCGGAACAGAGUGUCACCCAUCACAUGAGGCUUCUUACAGGCCUCUCGUUUGGUGGACUGGCAUUUCACACCAAUUCGCCAUCAGAACCAAUUCUAUCGUUAGGUGCUGCUUCGUUAUUGCACGGACUCAAGUGGAAUGGGGCUCUGGAAACAUUGGCCCUAAAGCUAUGCUCCAAGGGUUUGGUAGCGAAGGGCCAUGUGGGUGAACUUGCUGCCCGCUUUCUACUCCUGGUUGCACGCGACUAUACAGCACCAAGGUAUUACCACCUCUUGAAGCCUGUUCAGCUGUUAGAUGUUCUUAGAACACUCUUUGGUGAUCUAAUGUGGGAUGGUGGCAGUAUGGAAGCCGCGUUCAAGGAUGCAUAUGUCAAUUUCACACACUGGGCCAUCACACAAGAUCCCUUACCGGAGGAGCCUACCAAGAAAUUGCUUUCCGACUUAUGGGCCCGGAAGGUUAUAUUGCAAUGCUGCUUCAAUGAAGGCAUGGUCGAUUUCCUAUGCCCUGUUUACUUUGGUUCUGUCUUGCCAGAAGCUGUUUUUGACCCUGACCAGUUUUCAGCACUGGUUGUUCAGGUCGCGUUCAAGGAUGUUUAUCCCCAAAGAAAUCUGCGACCCACUGCGAUUAUCCGUCAUCAGAACGACCAUUUCCCUUAUCUCCUCCUUCUCAUAGAGCUUGACACCGACUCUCAGCGAAAAAGUAUUGCUGGCGAAAUCAAUUUCUUCCCCCCUAAGCUCACCGACUAUCAAAAGCUGAAGACAGAGCUCGAGGAUGCCUUGGAGAACCUUUUCAAAUACGAAGCACAGAAGCUAGCAUGGCAGCCACCAGAUGAAAAACUGAAGAAGCUGAGGGUGGAGGUUGAAACCAAGCAACGAGAGAAGGACCUUUACAACCGCUAUGUGAUCUCUGCCCGAGGCACAGGUCCUGACACUUAUGCCAUACUCAGCAAGCCAGGGAUCAUGAGGCCGUUUGAAGUUUUGCUAGCAAGCAUUGCACCUCGAGUGACCGAUCUUGAUAUUCUCACUGGACAUAUGCAUCCUCUGGAGCCCUCAAAGGAUGGGCAUUCACAUGCUGACUGGAUGUACAAUUACGAGAUGUAG